GGUAGUAAAUACAUGUACGAGGCUGGGUUGAACUUCUUCCACCCGCAUUAUCGCGGCUUUUAGAACGCGAGUUCGGAUACAGUUACCUGAUUUCAUCCCGGUACGAAAAUAGUUAAGAGUUGGUUUACAAGAGAUGUCCACGCACUUCCAUGUGACACAUGCGUUGACUCGUGGCCUUGCGCGGACUUUUGAAGACGCGCUUGCCUUGGAGCCCCCAGCCGAGCCCAUUGAUGUAAAAGUGGCUUAUAAUCAGCAUGAAAAAUACAACGAACUCUUGAAAUCGAUCAUUCCAAACGUACUUGAGAUUCCAGCGGAUGAUAGCUGCCCGGACUGCGUGUUUAUAGAGGAUACUGCCCUCGUCAUCAGCGAGUCGCAUGCAGUGAUCACACGCCCAGGUGCACCUUCACGCCAGCGGGAGCCUGACCCUGUUGUGGAGGCGCUGCAGUCACUCGGCAUUUCCCAUAUUGACAGACUCUGCGACCCCGCAACACUUGACGGCGGCGAUGUGCUCGUACUGCCCUGGGCCGUACUUGUGGGCACCAGCCGCCGUACGAACAAGGAGGCAGUAGCGCAGCUCGAAGCGCUGCUGAAGGCCGCCGGUGGCCCGCCGCUGUACGUCUUUUCCGUACAGGAUGCCGCUAUCGCUGCGGCCACCACAGCCAUAAUGCCUGCAGCUACGGCGGCGGAUGGCAAGGACCCGCACACACUGCUGGUGGCCGACAGCCCCAUGGGUCAUGCCCUAGCAGAUCAAAUCCGCGCGGUCCUCCCACAUCAUCAUCAGUUUCAUCAUCAGCAGCAACAACAACAACAAGAGACCCCUUCUUCCUCCUCCUUGUCCUCCCCAUCACUAUCGGCACCGGCACCAGCUACUGCUGCGGGUGCCGGUACGACACCUUUGGAUCUCAUUUUUGUACCGGACACCCUGGCGGCCAACGUGCUGAGCGCAGGCGCCCACGUGGUUAUGCAGGCGGGGUUCCCCGCCAGCGAGGCCAUUGUACGGGCUGCGUGUGAGGCCCGAGGCAUGACGUUGCACACGCUGUCCAUGAGCGAGCUGGCCAAGGCUGAUGGGGCACUAACCUGCUGUAGCCUGCUGUUCAGAGCGCCGCGGAAGGCGGAGCAGUAGGAGGUGGAGGUGCUGGUGUAGGCGGAGCAGUAGGAGGUGUUCUCAGGCGGCGGCAGUGAAGCAAGGGAGGAAGAUGGUUGGAGAGUUUGGAGUUGAACUUACCCGGGUAGUGGUGGAGGUGGAGGAGGAGGUGGAGAGGCACAUGAACUAUAGGGGUGGCGUGUGAUGCGUGCACUCAUGCGUUGGUGGGAGAUAUAUGGGUAGGACGCGCGCGUGCACGGCAGGCAUAGAUCUGGGGAGUGUUCACACCCUCACUGUUUGUGGUGUGAAGGCGGCCUUAUAUAGAUUCGGCAGUAAGGGGGAUGUGCGUGACGCGGAAUAUGCAUGCGGCGUUAGAAGGGGCAGUGAACGGAGGUGUCCAGUCGCGUAUGUGUCGUAUUGUAACGAACUGAGCCUC